GCCUGAAGCUACAGGGCGCCACGUGCUCUGACAACAAGCUGUCUCUGUCGCACACCAUCUCCACCGAGCUGCCCCUCACUGCACUGCACUGGGCCAAGCUCACGGAUGUGGAGAAACUGACGACCACGGUGACGCUGCCCGUGUACCUGAACUUCACACGCGCCGACCUUCAUCUUCACGGUGGACCUCGAGAUCUCGGGGCAAGAGGACGCGCGCGAUUCUACGAGCGCGGAGUCGCCCUGCUGUGCGCCGAGUGACGGGCC